UUAUCCUCGCGCUGAACUAGCAUCCACAGGUGAAAGAAGAAGAAAAGAGAAGAGAGCUCUCUCUCUCUCUCCUCCUUAGACACACACACACACACAAAUGGCAAUCGCGAGUGGGUCGUGGGUAGCCACCGUGAACCACCAUACAAAUCCCCACAGCUUCACCUCUCCGACCAAACACAUUUUCUUUCUUUCACAAAAGCCUCACCAUUCCCAUGUCUGCUGCUCUCUCGUUCUUGAGGAAGAUGAAAAGAAGUCGCCUGGUCCGAAAGAAGACAAGUGGCCACUUUUCGGACCGGGCACAGAUGGUCUUAACCGGGUCUUAUCCAGGUUUCUCCGAGACCCGGAAACACGGAAACUCUCUUCUGAAUUCUACGAGAAAGCUAAGGAGAACUCAGAGUUGAGGACUACGAAGCAUCUGAUCACUUACUUGGUGAGUUCCAAGAACUGGGACCUGCUCCUCUCGCUCUGUGAGGAUCUCAGGGAACAUAAAGCAUUGCCCGAUGCUCAAACGUGUUCCAAUCUGAUCCGGAGUUGCAUUAGUGAUAGGAGAUUCCGAAUUACGCAUUGCUUACUUAGCGUGUUUAGAUCAGACAAAUCAUUGGCCGCGUCUGCAUCUGAUGCAGCUAUGAAAGGCUUUAACAAACUCCAGAUGUAUAGUAGCACGAUCCAAGUUUUUGAUAGGAUGAAACAAUCUGGGGCAGUUGAGCCAAGCCCGGGCUGUUAUUGCAGGAUCAUGGAGGCUCAUGAGAGGAUUGGUGACAAACAAAAGGUGGUUGAGUUGUUUCAAGAGUUCAAGAGUCAGAGGUUAAGUUUCUUGGCCAAGGAAUCAGGCAGCAUCUACACAAUUUUAUGUUCUUCCCUUGCAAAAUCAGGACGGGCAAUCGAAGCUCUAGAAGUUUUGGAGGAGAUGAAAGAUAAAGGAAUUCCAGAAAGUAGUGAGUUGUACUCUACGCUGAUCCGUGCCUUUGCAGAAGCACUGGAGGUUGAAAUAGCUGAGAAGCUGUUCAAAGAAGCAGGGCGGAAGAAACUGUUGAAGGAUCCAGAGAUGUGUUUGAAGGUUGUAUUGAUGUAUGUCCGAGAAGGAAAAAUGGAGAGAACUCUAGAGGUUGUGGCUGCGAUGAGAAAGGCUGAGUUAAAGGUCACUGACUGCAUACUCUGCGCGAUUGUGAACGGAUUCUGUAAGCAAAGAGGUUUUGCGGAAGCAAUUAGGGUUUAUGAAUGGGCCAUGAAGCAAGAAUGUGAGGCUGGGCAAGUGACUUACGCAAUAGCCAUCAAUGCAUACUGUCGGCUGGAGAAGUACGACAAGGCUGAAAUGUUGUUUAAUGAGAUGGUGAAGAAAGGAUUUGACAAAUGUGUUGUCGCAUACUCAAACAUAAUGGAUAUGUACGGAAAAACAAGGAGGCUAAGUGAUGCGGUGAAACUAAUGGCGAAGAUGAAACAAAGAGGGUGCAAACCCAACAUUUGGAUUUACAAUUCCUUGAUUGAUAUGCACGGAAGAGCUAUGGACAUAAGGCGGGUUGAAAAGAUAUGGAAAGAGAUGAAGAGAGCAAAGGUGUUGCCGGAUAAGGUGAGUUACACAAGCAUGAUCAGUGCGUAUAAUAGAGCAAAAGAGUUGGAGAGGUGUAUGGAGCUUUACCAGGAGUUUAGGAUGAACAGAGGAAAGAUCGAUAGGGCCAUGGGAGGAAUCAUGGUUGGUGUAUUCUCAAAAACCAGCAGGAUUGAUGAGCUAAUGAGACUGUUGCAGGACAUGAAAGUUGAAGGAACCAGACUUGAUGCGAGGCUCUACACCUCAGCUUUGAAUGCUCUGCGUGAUGCUGGUCUCAAUUCCCAGAUCAGGUGGCUGCAGGAAAGCUUCGACGCUGCACAAACUAGUGCUUCAAGAUAUUCUAAUAUGAAGAACACAAAAAAUUUGCAGGGUUCUGGAGUUGAAAGUAAACUGUAGAAGUCAAGAUUCUUUUGUAAUUAAAAUAUACAACAUUGCCACAGAGAUCUUGUAUCUUGCAAAUAGAAGAUUUCCAUCUCAA